AUGCUGUCCAAACUUAUUCCCCAGACCAAGCUCGGCAACUCCGGAUUGAAGAUUUCCCGUAUCAUUUGCGGUACCAUGACAUUCGGGCUCAAGCUGUGGGCGCCUUUCUGUGUCGAAGACGAGGAGCUCGUGUUUUCCAUCCUCAAAAAGUGCUACGACAGCGGAAUCCGCACGUUUGAUACCGCUGAUAUGUACUCCAACGGGCAGUCAGAAAUCCUCUUGGGGAAAUUCUUGCGCCACUACCUGAUUCCGCGUGACAAGGUGGUGAUCAUGUCCAAAUUGUUUUUUCCGGUUCCUGAAACGCCUUCGGCCGAGGGCUUUGACUCUACAAACUGGGACCAGCUCGAGUGGAGCAAUUCGCGUGGAUUAUCGCGCAAACACAUUCUCCAGGCGGCCGAAAAGUCGGUCGAGAGGUUGGGGACGUAUAUGGAUCUCUACCAGAUCCACAAGUACGAUCCAGAGGUGCCAGCUGAAGAGAUCAUGAGAGGUUUGAACGACGUGGUGGAGAGAGGCUGGACCAGAUAUAUUGGCGCCCUGACUAUGAAGGCUGUCCAGUUCGCGCAUUUGCAGCACACGGCGGAUAAGAAUGGCUGGCACAAGUUUAUCGCGAUGCAGAACUAUUACAAUUUGUUGUACCGCGAGGAAGAACGUGAAAUGCUUCCGUUGUGCGAGGAUAUCCUCAAUGUUGGGGUGAUUCCGUGGUCCCCAAACGCCAGGGGCUUGCUCACGCGUCCAUUACUGAGCGAAGCGUCCCAGGAGCAAAUUAGCCAGGCCGGAAAUUUGGACUUUUUGGUAUUGGAUAACCCAUUGGGUGCGGAUUCUAUCGAGAUUAUCAACCGUGUAGAGAAGUUGGCAAAGGAGAAGGGGGUUUCCAUGGCCCAGAUCUCUAAUGCGUGGGUGUUGCAUAAGGGGUACAGUCCGAUCAUCGGGAUCAAUUCGUUAGCAAGAGUGGAUGACACCUUGAAGAGCUUAGAUGUGGUUUUUACGGAAGAAGAGGUGAAGUACUUGGAAGAACCAUACAAGCCAAAAAGGGCGCAGGUAUAG